CAUCAACCUCUUCCAACUUCAUUAUAACUCCACAAAUUAUAAGUGUAUACAUAGGCAAUGGGACGUAAAUUACCUCCGCCACCUCCGCCUAGUGGGCUGCCAACAAAUGGCUCGAAACAGGGCACUUCAGGCUCAAGACCACCUCCCCCACCGCCUCCAUCUCGAAGACCUCCUCCUCCUCCACCACCACGAACUGGUCUUCCUCCACCACCACCACGACCACCAGCAAAUGGAUUACCACCUUCGAAUUCUCCACCCCCACCACCACCUCCAUCAACCACUCGUAAACGACCAGCUCCGGAAUCGUCAGAUUUGGAAAACAGAAAGAAUCGAUGGCUCAUUGCUCAGAAGGCUCGGUAUGCUACUAGCACCAGUUCCACCACUAGAACCACCAAAGGAGGAGUGGUAAUACCGAGAAAACCAGUCAUGCCUCCCGAACAUCUUCGUAAGAUCAUGCUUGAUCACGGAGACCUUUCGUCUCGGAAAGUUGCGGGAGAUAAGAGAGCUUAUUUAGGUGCUUUAAAGUAUAUGCCUCACGCCAUACUUAAGUUACUUGAGAAUAUGCCUCAACCUUGGGAAUCAACCAAAGAAGUUAAGGUGUUAUAUCAUAUAGGAGGGGCAAUUACGUUUGUAGAUGAAGUUCCCAGAGUCAUAGAACCCGUGUAUAUAGCACAAUGGGCUGCUACAUGGACUCAAAUGAGACGUGAGAAACGAGAUAGAAGACACUUUAAGAGAAUGCAAUUUCCUCCAUUUGAUGAUGAAGAGCCACCGGUGAAUUGGUUAGAGAAUAUUGAGGAUAUAGAAGCUCCCGAUAGUAUUCAAUUAGACUUGAGUAAUCAUCCAUCUAUAGAAGAAUGGAUCUAUGAUGAUAAACCAUUAAUUGAUGAUAAUCAAUAUACCAAUGGAGAUUCUUAUAAGAAAUGGCAUUUGGAUUUACAACAAAUGGCUAGUCUAUAUCGGAUAGCUCAACCAUUAAUGCCUGAAGUUACUGAUCCUAAUUAUUAUUAUCUAUUUGAUAAGAAUGCUUUAUUCACAGCUAAAGCUUUAAACAUUGCUGUACCUGGAGGUCCUAAGUUUGAACCUCUCUAUAAGGAUAAAAUCAAUAAUGCAGAAGUCGAGGACUAUACGGAGUUCAAUUCUAUUGAUCGAAUCAUCUUUAGAAGACCUAUAAGGUCGGAGUAUAAAGUGGCAUUCCCAUACUUGUACAAUUCAUUUGUACAACUGGUUAAGUUAUCAUCGUAUCAUGAACCACUUCGAUGUUUAGGUGAAGAUAGUGAGUCAGGGUUUGGGUUUGUGUUCAGCUCCGACUUUAAUCCUAUAUUACCUCACCAACUGGCAGUUAAGUCUAUUGAUGAUAGUAGUGACUUAGUCCUUGAUGGACUCCGACCAUUUAUGAAUCAAGAAGUAAUUGAACCAGAAGGAACAUCGUCUGCCCUCACCCUUUUCCAUGCUCCGUACCCGUUCAACCGUCGUCAGGGUCAUAUGAUCCGAGCUCAGGAUGCUGCGUUAGUUAAGGCAUGGUACCAGCAACAUGCUCCUCCCAAUACUAAGAUCAAGAAUCGGAUCUCGUACCAGAAACUCUUGAAGAACAGUAUAUUGAAUGAGUUACAUACCACUAAGACCAGUACUAAAACCAAAACCAAAACCAAACUUCUCAAGAGUCUCAAGGCCACCAAAUACUUCCAACAAACAUCCAUAGAUUGGGUAGAAGCUGGAGUUCAAGUGUGUCAACAAGGGUUCAAUAUGUUGAACUUGUUGAUUCAUCGAAAGGGUCUCACCUACCUCCAUCUUGAUUAUAACUUUAAUUUGAAACCCACCAAGACUCUCACCACUAAAGAGAGAAAGAAAUCUCGAUUUGGGCAUGCCUUCCACUUAAUCAGAGAGAUCUUAAGAGUCAUAAAGAUUAUGGUAGAUUCUCAUGUUCAGUAUCGAUUAGGUCAAGUGGAUGCAUUUCAAUUGGCCGAUGGGCUUCAUUAUAUUCUUAAUCAUUUAGGUCAAUUGACGGGGAUUUAUCGAUAUAAGUAUAAAGUAAUGCAUCAAAUUAGACAAUGUAAAGAUUUAAAACAUGUGGUAUAUGAAAGAUUUAAUCAAAUUAUUGGGAAGGGACCAGGGUGUGGAUUCUGGCAACCAUCAUGGACCGUUUGGAUUUCAUUUCUUAGAGGUAUAGUUCCAUUAUUAGAGAGAUGGUUAGGUAACCUUUUAGCCAGACAAUUUGAAGGUAGAAGAGCUAAUGAUGUAGCCAAGACCAUUACUAAACAACGAGUAGAUUCCUAUUAUGAUUUGGAACUUCGAGCUCAAGUGAUGCAUGAUAUUCUUGAUAUGAUUCCGGAAGGUUUAAAGCAAUCGAAAUCGAAAACCAUCCUCCAACAUUUGAGUGAAGCAUGGAGAUGUUGGAAAGCCAAUAUCCCUUGGAAAGUUCCUGGAUUACCCGAACCAAUAGAACGCAUUAUAGAACGAUACAUUGAGGCUAAAGCUGACAAUUGGAUUAGUGUUGCCCAUUAUAAUCGAGAUAGAAUUCGGAAAGGUACUACGGUUGAAAAGACAGUAGCCAAGAAGAAUUUAGGAAGACUCAGUCGACUCUGGCUUAAGAAUGAACAACAGAGACAGGUUGAAUUUGGGAAGGAUGGACCAUACGUACAGCCUGAUGAAGCGGUAACUAUCUUUCAAACUAUGGUCGAAUGGUUAGAGAGUCGGAAGUUUAGUCCUAUCCCAUUUCCUCCCUUACUGUAUAAGCAUGAUACUAAACUUUUAGUGUUGGCAUUAGAGAAUCUUAAGGAAAGUUAUAGUGCCGAUGCUCGAUUAAAUUCAGCUCAACGGGAAGAAUUAGCUCUUAUUGAACAGGCUUAUGAUAAUCCUCAUGAAUGUUUGGCUCGAGUUAAGAAAUUCUUACUUACUCAAAGAAUCUUUAAGGAAGCAGGUAUUGAGAUGAUGGAUUAUUAUACUCAUUUAGUGCCUACAUAUACUAUUGAUCCAUUAGAAAAGAUUACUGAUGCCUACUUGGAUCAGUACAUGUGGUAUGAGGCCGAUAAGAGACAUCUCUUCCCCAAUUGGGUCAAGCCUAGUGAUGAUGAAAUCCCUCCAUUAUUGGUCUAUAAAUGGUGUCAAGGGAUCAAUAAUUUGGAUAAGGUAUGGGACUAUGAGUCUGGUCAAUGUACAGUAAUGGUUGAGACUUCCCUUAGUAAGCUAGCUGAAAAAGUCGACUUUACUUUAUUGAAUAGACUCUUACGAUUGGUUGUAGAUACUAAUAUAGCCGACUAUAUUACGGCUAAGAAUAAUAUUAGUAUCACUUAUAAGGAUAUGAAUCAUGUUAAUCAAUAUGGACUCAUUAGAGGGUUACAAUUCUCAUCAUUUGUAUAUCAAUACUAUGGAUUAGUCAUGGAUUUAUUGAUCUUAGGAGUCGAUAGAGCGGGUCAAUUAGCUGGACCAGUGCAUCUGCCAAAUGCCUUCUUACAGUUUAAAGAUACGGCCACUCAAACUGCCCAUCCCAUAAGGCUCUACUCUCGAUAUUUGGAUAAGAUUCAUAUCUUAUUCCAGUUCGAUAGUGAUGAAGCAGAUCUGUUAAUUCAGGAUUACUUGGUAGAUAAUCCCGAUCCCAACUUUGAGAAUGUAGUAGGCUAUAACAAUCAUAAAUGUUGGCCUCGAGAUAGUAGAAUGAGACUCAUGAGACAUGAUGUCAAUUUGGGGAGAGCUGUACAUUGGGAAGUGGCAGGAAGAAUUCCUCUGUCACUUGGCAGUAUUCUGUGGGAUGAUACUUAUGCUUCAGUAUACUCUCGAGAUAAUCCUAACUUGUUGUUUUCUAUGUGUGGGUUUGAAGUAAGAAUCUUACCCAAGAGUCGAGCCACUAGUCAAGGGCUGCUGACUGAAGGGGUAUGGGAUCUUAUAGAUCAUACUACUAAAGAACGUACUGCUCGAGCAUACCUUCGAGUGAGUCAAGAAGCCAUUGAUGCAUUCCAUAGUCGAAUUAGACAGAUCCUCAUGUCUUCAGGUUCGACUACCUUCACCAAAGUGGCAUCUAAAUGGAAUACUGCCCUUAUAGCCCUCUUUACCUAUUAUCGAGAAGCCAUAGUAGCCACGGAACCCUUGUUGGAUCUUCUUGUCAAGUGUGAAACCAAGAUCCAGAACAGAGUUAAGAUGGGUCUCAACUCUAAGAUGCCCACUCGAUUCCCUCCGGCUGUAUUCUAUACUCCUAAGGAAUUAGGAGGGUUAGGAAUGCUUAGUGCUUCUCAUAUUCUUAUUCCGGCCUCUGACUUACGGUGGUCUCAGCAAACAGAUACGGGGAUCACCCAUUUCCGAGCCGGGAUGACUCAUAAGGAUGAAAAGACCAUUCCUACAUUGUUUAGAUACAUCACUACAUGGGAGAAUGAAUUUAUAGAUUCUCAACGUGUAUGGGCAGAAUAUGCCAUCAAAAGACAAGAAGCUCAAGAACAAAAUAGACGAUUAACAUUUGAAGAUAUGGAACUGAGUUGGGAUAGAGGGAUCCCUCGAAUCAGUACACUUUUCCAAAAGGAUAGACAUACUUUAGCGUAUGAUAAAGGUCAUCGUAUAAGACGACAAUUUAAGCAGUAUAGUCUUGCCCGAUUUAAUCCAUUUUGGUGGACUAAUAAUCAUCAUGAUGGGAAACUCUGGAAUUUGAAUGCAUAUAGAACUGAUGUAAUUCAAGCUUUAGGGGGUAUAGAAACUAUUCUUGAACAUACACUCUUCCGAGGUACUGGGUUCGAUUCCUGGGAGGGACUCUUCUGGGAAAAGGCUCUGGGAUUUGAAGAUUCUUUAAAGUUUAAGAAAUUGACUAAUGCUCAACGUUCAGGGUUAAGUCAAAUCCCUAAUCGUCGAUUUACUUUAUGGUGGUCACCCACUAUCAAUAGAGCCAAUGUAUAUGUUGGAUUCUUAGUGCAACUUGACUUAACGGGGAUCUUUCUUCAUGGAAAGAUUCCUACACUUAAGAUCUCUCUUAUCCAACUCUUCCGAGCUCAUCUUUGGCAAAAGAUUCAUGAGAGUGUGGUUCAGGAUAUGUGUCAAGUGUUAGAUAAAGAAUUGGAAGUAUUGGGAAUUGAUAGUGUUGAGAAACAAGCUAUUCAUCCCCGAAAAUCGUAUAAGAUGAACUCAUCUACUGCUGAUAUAGUUGUGACUAGUAGUUAUAAAUGGCAAGUAAGUCGUCCUUCACUUUUGAAUGAUAAAGGUGAUACUUUCACUAUUAGUUCUAAUAAGUUCUGGAUCGAUGUACAAUUAAGAUAUGGAGAUUAUGAUUCUCAUGAUAUCUCUCGAUAUGCUCGUGCCAAGUAUUUGGAUUAUACAACUGAUAGUACCAGUAAUUAUCCAUGUGCUACGGGGAUUGUGGUGGCUAUAGAUUUGGCUUAUAACAUGUAUGAUGUAUAUGGGAAUUGGAUUCCUGGUCUUAAAGCUCUUGUUCAUAAUGCUAUGAAGGAAAUCAUGAAGGCAAAUCCCGCCUUGUAUGUACUUCGAGAACGGAUCCGUAAGGGACUUCAGCUCUACCAGGCCCAGCCGCAAGAAGCGUAUUUGAAUUCUUCCAAUUAUGCUGAGUUAUUCAAUAAUGAACUGCAACUCUUUAUUGAUGAUACAAAUGUCUAUAGAGUUACUGUUCAUAAGACUUUUGAAGGUAACUUAACUACCAAACCCAUCAAUGGACUAAUCUUUAUGUUGAACCCUAAAUCUGGUCAACUCUUCUUAAAGAUCAUCCAUACAUCGGUAUGGGCAGGUCAGAAACGUCUUGGACAAUUAGCCAAAUGGAAAACUGCAGAAGAAGUAGCAUCACUUAUUCGAUCCUUACCUCGAGAAGAACAACCCAAACAGUUGAUCUUAACCAGAAAGGGAAUGAUGGAUCCAUUGGAAGUUCAUAUGUUGGAUUUCCCCAAUAUUUCUAUUCGACCAUCUGAAUUACACUUACCAUUUGCUUCUGCUAUGAAGAUAGAUAAACUUGCUGAUAUUGUGCUUAGAGCCAAUGAACCUCAAAUGGUAUUAUUCAACUUGUAUGAUGAUUGGCUUCGAGAGAUCUCGGCCUAUACGGCCUUCUCUAGAGUUAUUCUUCUCUUACGAGCCCUUGGAAUUAAUCAAGAACUCACUAAUCUGAUCUUAAAGCCUGAUUCAAGUGUAGUGACUCAGGCUCAUCAUAUUUGGCCUACAUUCACUACUGAUCAAUGGAUCGAUGUGGAAUCUCAAUUGAGAGAUAUGAUUCUUAGUGAUUAUUCCAAACGUCACAAUGUCAAUAUCCAAUCAUUAACUCAAUCGGAAAUUAGAGAUUUGAUAUUGGGACAGGAUAUACGAGCUCCAUCGGUUAAACGACAAGAACUCAGUGAGAUUGAUAAUGGUACUGCUGAAGUAGAUAAUAAGCAAUUGACCGCUAUUAAAUCUACUACCACUAAUGUUCAUGGAGAACAGAUCGUUACAGUUACCACUACCAACUAUGAACAACUGACGUUUUCAUCUAAGAAUGAAUGGAGACAACGAGCUUUGGCAGCUUCUAACUUACACUUACGGGCAAAGAAUGUUUAUGUAUCAUCAGAAGACUUUAUCGAUGAUGCAGCUUCAUUCACUUAUAUUUUACCUCAGAACUUGCUUAAGAAAUUAGUGGAAAUCUCUGAUUUACGAGUGCAAGUGGCUGCUCUUCUCUAUGGUAAUUCACCUGCUGAUAAUCAUGAAGUUAAGGAGAUUAAAUGUGUGGUAUUGGUGCCUCAAUUAGGUAAUACCAAUUAUGUACAAUUACCUCAAACUCUCCCUCAAAGUGAUGACUUACAGGGUCUUGAAUUGCUUGGAUGGAUCCAUACCCAAUCAGGGUCAGGCCAGGAUCCAGACCUGGAACUGUCCCACUUAUCUCCUAUUGAUAUCAGUGUUCAGUCCAAAACAUUAUUAUCUGAAUUCAAGCCUAACUUCAUUACUUUGGUGGCUACAUUUGCUCCAGGGUCUGUAUCUCUAGGAGCAUUUGAGUUGUUACAAACUGGUUAUGAAUGGGGGAAAUCCAAUGUAGAUUAUAUGUCACCUUCUCCUGCUGGAUUCUCACCUCAAUUCAGUAAGAAAUCACAACUUCUCUUGUCCGACAGAAUUGUGGGAACGUUCAUGGUACCAGAUGAUGAGAUAUGGAAUUACUUCUUUAUGGGAUCACUCUGGAAUGAGAGAACAGAUUAUGCUGUUAAGUAUGAUGUGCCCAAGCGGUUUUAUGAUGAAGCACAUCGUCCAACACAUUUCAGUACGUUUACUGAAGUUGAAGUAGCGGAAGUAGAAGAUAGUGUAUUUAGUUAGGUGUGUAAUAGUAUAAUAGUAUAAUAGUAUAAUAGUAUAAUAUAGUAGUGUAAGUAUAGUAGAAUAAGUAUUGCAGUAUAAUAUAUUAGCAUAUACAGGUGUAUAAUGAAGUAUUAUCGUG